UCUAAUUUCUUCAACGGCUGAUUUCAUUUGAAGCAAAGCAAUGGAAAAUCGAUUCGAAUCCGAAUAUGAAGAUCAAGAACAAUCAAACUCACACGAGUCAUCAACUUCAUCACAAGAUCGUCAUAACUGGAUAACCGAGCAAGAUAAUCUGAGGGAAAAACUAGUCACCGAGGAUAAUUUCACAUGGAAAUUACCAACGGCGUCACAAAUUGGUUCGCAAGAAUUGAGAUUCGUUGGUGGCAUUGAUAUAAGCUUCUCGAAGGAUGAUCCAUCAAUGGCGUGUGGUACUCUUGUAGUGUUGGAUUUUCAUACUCUUCAAGUUGUUUAUCAGGAUUUCUCUUUUGUUACUCUGACUGUCCCUUACGUGGCUGGUUUUCUUGCCUUUCGAGAGGCUCCAGUUCUUCUAGAUAUUCUGGAGAAAAUGAAAAGGAGUGAUAAUCCUUUCUACCCUCAGGUGUUAAUGGUUGAUGGAAAUGGAAUACUUCAUCCACGAGGUUUUGGCUUGGCCUGUCAUAUUGGAGUUAUAGCCAAUCUUCCAACAAUUGGGAUUGAAAAGAGUUUGCAUCAUGUGGAUGGUCUGCAUCACUCUAGAGUUCGAAAACUUCUUGAAGCCAAAGAAAACUCUUCUAAAGAUUUUAUUCCAUUGGUUGGUUGCUCCGGGCAAACAUGGGGAGUGGCCAUGAGAUCUUCACAGAGUUCCAUAAAGCCGAUAUAUGUAUCAGUCGGUCACAGAAUGUCACUCCAGACUGCAUCUACGGUUGUUCAGAUGACUUGCAAGUACCGUAUCCCUGAGCCAAUUAGACAGGCUGAUAUAAGAUCAAGAGACUACAUUCGAAAGUUUGAAAUGAAUGCCAGACUGAAGCAAAAUCCCUGAUAUAGUACAUUUCGACGACUUCUUAACUUUUCUCCAUCACUUCUUAAACACCUACAACGAUGCUAACACCAGAAAUGUAUUGUACUAUUGCUCAUCACUGUGCUGCUGUUGAACAUGUACAGUUUUCUUUUUCCAAAGAAAAUAAUAUAGAUCCCUUUUAGAAUGAGAUGUUUUGUUAGCCAUGGAAUCA